CUGACAGUCUGGAAUCUGACCUUGACAUUCCGAGCCCCGUUCUCACCCACCUGCAGCAGGUGACCACUGUUUCGAGCCAGCUGCACGCUGAAGAAGGUCAGAACAGUUUGACUCCAAACCAGCCAGAGGCCAGAAAUGGCAGCACCUCCAGCAGAUGGCAGGAUCUCUCUGACUCUCCCAGUCGUUCAACUUUCAGCGCUCGGCCACCAGGUGCUGCCUACUUGUACUCCUCAUCCUCUCGCCCUUUGACUUACUCGGGUCCCCUUCGCUUUCUGUGGAAGAAGGACGGGAGGGCAGAGGUGUUUGUGGAGGGGUUUAUGUUCUGGUUGGACACCGUGGAGAUGGUGCGGGUUGCAGAGAAUUCAAAAGUGUUCACGACAGCCUGGGUGAUCCCAAUUUACAUCUCAGCUUUCCUCUCCUCUCUCCAGAUGAUCAUAACUCCUCACAGCUCUUUGUUGAGUUUAGCUGGUGUUGCUCUGCAGGAUCUUCCUUUCUUUGUUAUUCGAGUUGGGUUGAUAGCUGCGUUUGGUUUCGUAACACCAGUGUUGUAUCCACUGAAAAAUGUUCUGGUGACCCUGACUUAUAUUUACUUUACGUGGUUGACCAAACUGA